AGUUGCGCCGAAGAGUUGCACCAGGCAGCAGGCGGCCGUCUCCCUCCCGGUGAGCUUCGCCGAAGAGAAGCGCCAUCCUUCCUAAAGGCACCAGCCCUUCUUCUUCGUGGGCGCUUUCGGAAUCCCCGCCUGUUUGUCAGCGCCGGCAUCCCGGGCGCCAUGAGCGGCUGCCAAGCCGUCGGGGGCUUCGGCACGUGGGACUACGUGGUCUUCGGGGCCAUGCUGCUCAUCUCGGCGGCCAUCGGCGUGUACUACGCCUUCGCGGGCGGCGGGCAGAAGAGUUCGCAAGAGUUCCUGAUGGGGGGCCGCAGCAUGUCGGCCUUGCCGGUUGCGCUGUCGCUGACGGCCAGCUUCAUGUCGGCCGUGACGGUGCUGGGAACCCCGUCGGAGGUGUACCGCUUCGGGGCCAGGUUCAGCGUCUUCGCCAUCACCUACGCGCUGGUGGUCAUCCUGAGCGCCGAGGUUUUCGUGCCCGUCUUCUACCGCCUGGGCAUCACCAGCACCUACGAGUAUUUAGAACUUCGAUUUAAUAAAUACCUCCGCCUGUGUGGGACAGUUCUCUUCAUUAUACUUACGAUAUUAUACACUGGAAUUGUCAUUUAUGCCCCAGCCUUGGCUUUAAAUCAAGUUACAGGAUUUGACCUGUGGGGUGCAGUGGUUGCAACAGGAGUAGUCUGUACCUUCUAUUGCACACUGGGUGGUCUAAAAGCAGUAGUUUGGACGGACGUUUUUCAAGUUGGAAUCAUGGUAGCAGGUUUUACAUCGGUGAUUAUACGUGCUGUGGUUGUUCAAGGUGGCAUUGAACCAAUUCUAAAUGAUUCCUACCAUGGAGGAAGAUUAAAUUUCUGGGAUUUUAACCCUGACCCUUUGCAAAGGCAUACAUUCUGGACAAUUAUUGUAGGUGGGACUUUCACCUGGCUUGGAAUAUAUGGAAUCAACCAGUCUCAAGUUCAGCGAUACAUUGCCUGCAAAACCCUAUUUCAAGCAAAGCUAUCUCUUUAUAUAAACCUCUUGGGACUAUGGGCAAUUCUUGCAUGUGCAGUGUUGUCUGGAUUAGCAAUGUACUCCAUUUAUAAGGAUUGUGACCCUUGGACAGCAAAAUGUGUUUCAGCACCAGACCAGCUCAUACCAUAUUUGGUAUUGGAUAUUCUACGUGAUUUUCCAGGUGUGCCAGGACUUUUUGUGGCUAGUGCCUAUAGUGGAACAUUAAGUACAGUGUCCUCUAGCAUCAAUGCUUUAGCUGCUGUGACUGUAGAAGACCUCAUUAAACCUUACCUCACAUCACCCACUGAAAAGAAAUUAUCUUGGAUUUCUAUGGGGAUGAGUCUAUUUUAUGGUGGAGUGUGUAUUGCGAUGGCUGCCUUGGCAUCUCUUCUAGGAAGUUUGUUACAGGCAGCUCUCAGUAUAUUUGGCAUGGUUGGUGGACCUCUCCUGGGACUGUUUUCUUUGGGCAUCCUUUGUCCUUUUGCCAAUCCUGUGGGUGCAUUUGUAGGUCUCAUUGGGGGAUUUACAGCGUCCCUUUGGGUUGGAAUUGGAGCUCAGAUUUACCCUCCGCUUCCCAGUACUGCCAUGCCAUUAAAUCUUUCAACUGCAGGCUGCAACAUAAGCACCCUAAGCACAGAAAACUACUGGAAUGUCUCCUUAGAAACUCAAGCUAAUGAGAGACCUGUCCUUGCAGAUUAUUGGUAUUCCUUAUCUUAUCUGUACUUUAGCACAAUUGGAACCCUGGUCACAGUUGCUGUGGGAAUAGUUGUCAGCCUUUCAACAGGAGGGUUACGGCAGACUGUGGAUCGGAAAUUCAUGCUCACCAAAGAAGAUUUUUUGUCUAAUUUCUCAUUUUUGAAACCUAAACAAGAUGAGAAAAUCAAAGUUUUAAACUGGAAACCAUUCCCUGUGACAGAUGAAGGAACUGACAAUCCAGCUUUCAAUCAUAUUGAAAUGGAUUUCACAGAUAAUAAAGAAAAAGUCAACGGUGCUCAUAUAUGAAAAUCACCUUGACUCUUCAUUGAAGUUGGCAGCUACUUGACAUUUAUGCUUAUGAAUGGAGAAUAAAAUUUAACUAAUGACCCCCCCCCCCACACAAAAUAGUCAUUACUACUGUGAGACAUUUUAUUUGCCCACACUAUCCAGGACUUCGGACAAAUCCUACCUGAACUUCACACCAUCUUGAAGGAAGUAAUAUAUUGGACAAUAUGAAAAAAGUGGAAGUACAGUACUAAGAGGCAAAUUUUGGAAAUUAAAAUGUAACUCAAUAUGCAAUGAGAACUGACUUGUGGAUAUGCCUGACCAUUUUACUUACCUACUUCAGGUUGCAGUCCUAUGCACACUUACUUGGGAGUAAGCUUCAAUAAUCGAGUGUUAUGGUAGCAUCUUCCACAAUGUGCUACACUACAGAUUUUGUUGUCUUUUGUAUGUUCUUCCCUCCUUUUCUCUUUUGCAUCCUAUUACAUUCACUCUGCUGUCUUGGUAAACUACUUCUUCCCUCUUUGCCUUGUACUUUCAACCUUUCUGCCAUAAUCCACACAAUUUGAUAUUCUCCAGAUGUCCCCCCUGCAUAGGUGAAAACUGCCCUAAUUCCUCUUAUCAGUGCUGCCAUUACAUAUUUUGCUGUUACAACAUUAGCAUUAAAUGCUUCUAAAAAGAAGUCUAAUUCUUCUUCUUCAUCUUAAGAAAAUAAGCCUUAUUCAUUAAAAUCCCUUUUUAUAACAUUCAUUCUAUUCGUCGACUUCCUCAUUGCCUGACCUCACAAUAAGGUCUACUGUUCCUAAAUCUUAUUUAUAUUUAUAUUUUCCUUGUCUUCGACAUUAAUAAUUGUAUUUUAUAUUUUACUGUGUAAUUUUGGCUACACUUUAUGUCAAAUAUGAUGUGCUUCUCAUUCAAAGUGAAUAUCCGAGCUUCAUUUGAAACUCUCCGGGAUACUGAAUAUUUUGCCCUUCAGUUGUGGUUAGA